GGCAAGUGUUUGCUCGCCUCGGGAUGAACGGAUGUAAUGUGCGCAUCCAUGCAGCGCAGCACAGGAGAGGGAGGGUGAAGGGAGGCAGAGCAAACAUUCACACGCGCAGCGUUUAUACAGAAGCAUAAACCAAAAAACAAAACAAAAACAACAGCAACAAGAAAACCCCCACCAAAACUCAGUGACCGCACAGCUGGAGCCAGAAACAGAUCGGGGGAGAAAGCACCAAACCGCUGGCUGAACUUUCCCGGAGAUUACGCAUGUGGACUCUCACGGACUGCGGCGUGGACACAGGGACAAAAUAGAGGAAAUCAUACAGAAGCUGACUACAGACCCUUAUCCACCAACCCCACUGGGCUCCUGUCUGAUGAAAAUACAUCAUCUGGAAAAUAUUUCCUACAAAUCAUGAAGGACAAAGGCUUCAGAUCUUUUCAGUGGAGUAUUGUCUGAAGAUAAAGUAAACGGAGGCAUUUGCUCUGGCCUCUAGCUCAGUAGUACCCAGAGACUACCUGCUUCCAGAGGCUUUUCUGCUUCUCUUUGGCUGUGGAGGAGAGAAAAUGAGCACCGCAUGAGAAAUCACUAUUGUGGAUUACUGAGGAUCAAGCCAGACCAAGAACCCCUGAUCAGUAAUCGGAACUGUUAGGAGGAAUUACAUCUGAAACUUGACCGAAUUACAGAACGUAGCCUUUCUAUCCUGUUGGAGAAUCACUUCUGACAUGUAUGUCAGUUUUUCUGUGUGUUAUUUUAACUGAUCCAUUGUUCCACCUAUGUAGUGAAACAAAUGAGUGAUGUACUGUAUAUAUAAAUGGUUAUCUGAAGAAGUAACAAAAAUUAAUAAAAUAUCAGAAUAGACUCAAGGCUAUUUUUGCGCCAUUUCCUGAAGCUGAAUUCCACCGUCUGUGGAGGAAAAAAUAGAGUAAACCUCUACACCUCUGGCAAACUGACUAUAGCUGCUGCUCCAGAGACAACAUUUGCCCUGUCAGCUUAUCGUCUCUUAUUUUGUUUGCCUUGUUUCCCUGCUGCCUGGGCCCUGUAAUGUUCCGUCGCCUCCGUGCCCACAUAACGCCAUGCCAGUGCCUGAGAUGGAUGUAAGUCCUGUGAAAUCUUUGCAAUGGGAGGUCUUCCCCCCAAUGGCUACAUGCCGGGUCUACUGCACACCUGUGCUGUGGGGCGGCCGCCUUUAUGUGAUGGGGGGCUGCAGCGAGAAUGGAAUGCCUCUGGAUUCCGUAGAGGUCCUGGACUUAGAAAGCCAAAGCUGGUGUCAGCUCCCCCCAUUGCCCACUGCCAGGGCAGGGGCUUCAGCUGUGGCACUGGGGGACCAGCUGGUGGUGAUGGGGGGCAUGGACGCUCAGCAGAACCCACUGGCAUCAGUGGAAGUUUACCACCCUGAUGAGGGCAAGUGGGAGAGGAAGACUGGACUGGGACAGGCAUCAAUGGGCAUAACUGCCUUGGAGAUAGAUGGAAAGGUGUACGCGCUGGGAGGUAUGGGUUCUGACACUAGUCCGCAGGCGCUGGUGAGAGUCUAUGAGCCAGUUAAGGAUCAGUGGCUGUCCCUGGCCUCCAUGCCUACUCCACGCUAUGGAGCCUUCUCCUUCCUGCAUGGCAACAAGCUCUACGUUCUCGGUGGGCGUCAGGGCAAGAUGCCGGUGACGGCGUUUGAGGCCUUUGACUUGGAGAUGAAGAGCUGGACGCGCUACCCAUGCAUCCCAAGCCGCAGGGCCUUCUCCAGCUGCGCCGCCACAGAGCGUGCCUUCUACAGCCUAGGUGGCCUGCAGCAACCCGGCCCUCACAACUUCUACUCUAGACCACACUUCGUCUCCACUGUAGAGGAGUACGACUCUGAACAGGGUGUUUGGCUGAAGCCCACAAGGAGCUCCCGGAUGAGAGAAAAGCGGGCGGACUUCGUGGCUGGCUGUCUCGGUGGAAGGGUGAUUGUUGCCGGGGGGCUGGGUAAUCAGCCUUCGCCGCUGGCCUCAGUAGAGAGUUAUAAUCACGUGAAGAGGAAGUGGGAGGCUGUGGUUCCGAUGCCAACCCCACGCUGCUCCUGCACCCCUCUACAGACCACGAACAUGCUAUUCCUAAUCGGAGGUGUAUCACAGGGUCCCAGCAAUGCUGUGGAGGCCCUCUGUCUGCAAGAAAGUGUCUGACACACCAACUUGUUCUCUUGCACCUAUGAAGGACCUGUGCUGGACUCUGCAGGAAUAACAGACAUGCAGAUGAAAAUGCAGAGUCCUGCUCCUCCUGAGUCCUCCUCCCAUGCACAGCUGACAGUUCAGUGGAGACAAUCUACAGGAGUCUGGACAGCAGCAUGAAUCUCUGGAUGGACUAAAGUCUUUGAAGUCUAAGACAAGCAAGCAAAAAAAAAAUCUUUAUGUACACACAGAACUACACAGACAGAGGUGCAGAUGCCUUUGAACUGUACAGUGUUAUUUGUUCACAAUCAAAGCAGGGUACUUUUCUGGCUAAACUCAAAAGGAACUUAGGGCCAUAUCCACCACGCUGCCGCAGAGUUCACCUGCAGUAGCACGUUUAGCACUUUUUCUAUUGCAUUAGAGAAAAAGCAGAGACGGAGUGGAUCUUUGCAGGAGUGGAGGCGUAUGUCUGAGCAUUGUUUUUUUGUACCUUCACAGCCAUGCAUGUGUGAAACUCAGCACUAUUAUUCUUAGAGCGAGAAGAACAUGCCGCUAAUGGUUAAUAAUCAAUUCCUGCGUUUAAUGGCUGUAAUGGAGACAAAGUGAGUCAAGAUUAGACAACAAUAGUAUGUGUUUUCUUGGAAGUGUCAGAGCCCCGCAUAAUGCAUUUAGACCUUUAAUAUUGCCAUUUAGCAUAUCCGCAAUACUCCUUAAACGAGCACUUGUCAUGACAGUUGAUGGUUUUGGUGAGGGGAUUAACAUCUUUGAAGCAGUUUUCUAAAAGUGUAGAAUUGAGCAGCAUGAUGCUGGUGUCAACCUUAGUUUUAACAGAACUAAGGUUGUCAUGUGGAUGCUUAGAUCAAAACACAAUCCUGUCAGGUAAUAUACACACAUUUACUGCUUGGAUAUAUACACACAAACACAUUAUUACAUAUGCUUGGUGUAUACUUCAUUGGUGCUUCUGUGUAUUUCCCCAUGGAUGUGCAGGUGUAUUAUGCGUAUAGAAGAAGGAGGUGGAAAUACUGGUGGCACCACCUAAGAGCCCUAAAAUGCCAAGGCUGAUUGAUUAUUGGCUGAUGCAAACAUUGCAUUCAAACAUACUAUAAAAACCACAGCUGGCAACAGGAAUGCACAAGCUUUCUGGCUGUGAAUGAUAGGAAAUAUAUCCCUAUACCAGAAGGUGGCAGUAGUCUGCAUUUGUCAUUUUAAUCAAAGAAAACCUUAAAGUCCCCAUGAAUUCAAAAUUGAAGUUUUGUGCCUUUUAGGUUGAAAAUGUUAAGGAUAUCUAUAAGAUAGUGUGCUCCAAAACAAUGACAAAAUCAGCAUUUAGAAAAUAUAUGCAUUCAGUUUUACAAGUUUACAGUCUCUCUCUCCCACCAGUACGGAUCAACAAUUUUGAUGACAUCAUUCUGCACUCCAGCUUCUCAUCAGAUUUUUUUGUCCAAUAAAUGCCCUCUGGAAUCUGAAGUGUCCCACCCCCAACAUUAUAAAAUCCAUGGUACUUACUGUCAAUUAUGGCUUACCCCGGGCUGUGAGGUAAGCUAAACUCUAUUGGCUAUUUAAAAAGGGGGAGGAGCCACACACUUUAAGUGGAAAUUACAUCAACACAUCGAAUAACGCUGCACGUUUCAAGGCACUUCAUGGGGACUUUAAGACCACAAAAAAGUGUUCCAAAUUGCUUACUACUGCUUUAAAUAGUAUGUCAAAAUAAUAUCAAUGUGCUAGUAUCAGUAUCCAUAGUGGUGUACUAUAUACUUUGACACACUAUUUAUUGCAGUAUUACGUAGUAGGGGAUGUAGCACGCCACUGUGAAACAGCUUCCUUGGAAUGUAAACAGUGCUCUGUAAAUUUAAUUACGAAAGAAUAGUUAGCUACAGCUGAUGAACAGAAGUUGAGACACUUCAUUUAUUGUCUUGAAAGGGUCAUUUGUUGCUUUGCUUUCAAUUCUGUUUCUUAGAAUGGACAAGAGGGGCACGGCAAAAACUACAGGGUAGUCAGCCACCAGUGUGAUCAACUUGGUGUUUUACAGCCCCGAGGCAUUAUAAUACCCCAGGCUUGUCUCACAGCCCACCCUUAACAGGACGCCUGGUACCUGAUAAUAAGACACAUAAGUAUUCACACUGUCAUAGUUAGACUUCCUCUAGGGUUUAUUGCUGCCUCACAGUCAUGUCUGUCUCCAAGGAAAGGUUAACUGUCUCAGAGGAAUGCUGUGUGGAUGACGAAGACGUUCAUUUACCUCCAGCAUUCCAGCGACACAUGGCCUGCCGGCAAACGUGAUGAUCAAAGAACCAUGCGCAUAUGGUCCAUGCACACAUGUACACACCCACUCUUACCAAGCGAGUCUUGUUUGUUUAGAUUUACACGUCCCUAAUGAGACAACUGUGAUAGUCUGCAGGCUGUAGUCUUUUGCAGCAUGUCCCUAGUAGAAUUUCGAUAGCUCAUGAUGGCACUUUACAUUGUGCCUGUGCAGAGAUCGCACGGAAACACGUGAGAAUGAGUGUACAAGGAAGUACUUCUACUUCUAGAAAAGGACGGCUUAUUUUUGUCGUGCUGCUACAUCAUUGCAAGCUCUACAACACUACAAAGUCAAAGCACGCUUCGAGUGUUGUGCAUUGUGUGUGGCUUGAAGGCUUGAAUAAGAUUCUGACAGAAUGUGACAGCCGCUGGGCUCUAUAUAGGCAGGGGAUGUAUGAGUGCAUUAAUUAGAUGAUGUUGAAAGAGAUAUACCUCUUUUUUAUAUAUAUAUUAAUGGUGAACCUAUCAGUGUAAUGUGUUACAGUCCCCUAUUCUGCACACGCAUAUAUCUUAGUUACAGCCCAAGUAGGAGCAAUAUGACUUUUCUUUCUGAGCAUCAGGUUUUAGAGAGCCUAGUGGUAGUGAUAUAAAUGAAUUACACAAGUUGAUUUUACUAGGUAAUCUCAUUGAGCUUGAAUAUUUUGGCCCAUUGAAUUUCUAACAAGGAACACAAGGUGUAAAGCUCACCUUGAUCUUGAGUAGCAGUGUUGCUGUGAUUUUUGACCAUGUUUUCUUUGUCAAACAUAUUUCCUUGUGGUGAACCAGUGAUUUUAAGUCAGAUUUCCCAGUACUUUGUGUUUGGUUGGUCUACAUGUUUGUUUUGUUCAUCUGUGAUGUGCUAAGUUGUCAUUGUUCACCGUUUUCUGAAGAGUUGUGGUGCUGGUUCUGUCCUUUUCUCUAUGAUGCUGUGUUUUGACAUUUGUAUUUGGUGUGUAAAUGCAGGUUGUGCUAGCUGAUGGGUGCUGAUUGUGUCUCACAUGACAUGCCGGCACCACAUUCCAGAGCACAGCUGAGUGUGUAUCUCCUAUUCAGAAAACCUGCCAAAGAGGACCUCAAUCAAAGAACAAAGACAAUACCACUAUAAAAAUUGUUCUAAUCUAGAGGAUAUAUAGUGUAUAGUGAAAGGGUGUGUAAAAUGUGCAGUUACAAUCUACCACAAUCUAGAGAACAAUUUUAUAUCUUCAGAUCUGUGCCUGUGGCAGGCUUUCGCUGUUUACAUCAGAAAUAAUGAAAGCCGGUGGUACACAAUAGAUUCAGUACGCUUACAGAGGAAGAACCUAAACAUUAGUCCUUAUUCAUCAAAGUUGGGUAACUGAUCAUAAAACCAGAGUACGCAAAUUCUCGUCUGCUCAGAGAAUGCAUACAUUUGAGAGUGACAUUUUAACAACCUCAAAAAUUUGCAGUUAAAUUAUUGUCAGAAGCAAGUACAGUAUGGUACAGUAGCAUAAGUAAUAACAGUAAAAAAAAUAAUAAUAAUAUGCAUAAUCACAGUUGCAAACAUGGGCUUCUUGUUGCAGGAGAACAGUGCAUAAAAUCAUGCAGAUACAGGUCAAGAGCUUCAGUUAAUGUUCACAUCAAACAUCAGAAUGUGGGGGGAAUGUGAUUUCGGUGAUCACGACAGUGGCAUGGUUGUUGGUUGCAAGAUGGACUGGUUUGAGUAUUUCAGAAAUUGCUGAUCUCCCGGGAUUUACAAGCAGAACAAUUCAUAGAGUUCACACAGAAUGGUGUGGAAAAAAAUUAAGUUUUCCAAUUGGACCUUGAGGUGGUGAUGGGCUACAACAGCAGAAGGCCACAUAGGGUUCUACUCCUGUCAGCCAAUAAAAGGAAACACAACACCUUGGCAGUUCGUGUGAGCCUGAGCCUGCUGUAGCCUCAGGUUCCUUUUCUUGGCACCAGCAACCCAGUCAAAGUCAUUAUGCUCAUAUUUUCCCCCAUUAUUAUGUUUCCACGUGAUGCGUUUGACAUGUAUUUGCAUUAUUUUAUGCAUUGUGCUGCUAUAUUAGCUGAUCGGAUAAUUGCAUUAACAAGCAGGGGUACAGGUCUUCCAAUUAAAGAGGCCGAUGAGUGUAUAUUAUCACACUCUAUUUGAGGUUACAUAAUGUCAUAUCAAGAUUAAAACUUGACAAACAUGAUUUUAUUCAGUUUUGGUAGUUUCAGGGUUUGGUUAAUUUCUGUUCAUCUAUAUCCAAUUAAACCUUCAAACUUCAGUUUGAAACUCUAUUAGAGUUUUAAAUGAAUAAAAGUUGGUAGGAAAGUUCGAAAAUGGUCCAAUUUACUACAUAAUUUUUAAAAUGUUAACUUUUUUAUUUAUUUAUUUUUUAACACAAACACACACAAACUUCCAUGUCUACACUUAUAUUAAUUUCAAUAGAAACAAAUAUAUUGGACCAUAAUUUAUUCUUUAACAGUUGGUUUUUACUUCAUUUCAAGUUUUCAUUUUGUACACACUUUUUAUGCCAUUUUGAGGGGACCAGCUUCAAGUAACUCAGCUUAACUCAGCUUCACUGAAAAGUAUUUUCUCCUCUCUGUACUUUUCUCAAUUCUAGCCAGCUGAAUGCUUUCCUUUAAUUGGCUCAAUAUUACAACACAAUAAAUUAGGCCAUUUUACGCAGCUGAGGUUGAUUCAUCAUUUGUGCUCAAAUCACCAUUUCCUCACCACUGAUGUCGUACAACAGUUGUAUGAAUCAAACUCAGAUUUGAUUCACUGAAUCUCAAACCUCUUUGCAACUUUGAUGAAUAAGGGCCAAUGUGUUUAUAUUGUUAUGCUGCUUUCAUUAGCAGGACUGUUAACCCCGCAGGUUAAAUCUGCACACUCAAUCAACUUCAUUGUAACAGACCUAUUAAUAGCAGAACAUUCUUCUCAGAGCUUUUUCUAAUACAAAUUAUGAAUAUGAAUUAGCAUUAACAGUAUAGGAGCAGGAGCACUAAUAUUCCUACUCUCUCCAGGAUCAUAUUUCCAACAUGCUCAUACUCUUCUGACAAUCAAUCUGAAGCAAUUUUAAAUGAAACUAUCUAAACUGGCAUCAAUCUUGACUUUUUUAAAGACCAUUAUGCUUAUUCAGCCAGCGGCAUUAAUUUGUACUUGAGUAGAUAGGCAUCACUUGUCUAUGCUUGGGCAGUUAAUGAAGACCACCACUGGGGCUGUGGCACAUGUGGCGAGUUUGAUUUAUGACAUGACUAACUUUAUGUGGAGAAGCUAUAAUAGGCUUCGUAAUGAUGUCAAGAAAUUCAGACUCACAAAUUUUAAGAGUAGCAAAUUCACAUUAUAGAGAAGUGGCCUAGUGUUAGAUAGUCCUCAAUCCUUUGUUGUGCAUAUUAUAACAUGAGUCCAUGGAGAUUGAUGGUCAUUUUCGAAUUAAGUUUCUGUCUCAAAGAGGAAUCAAGAAAAAAAAAAACUUGAAUGUAACAAUCACAUAAAGCAUUGUCCUACUGUAUUUAAGUGAACCUAUUUCGUCAUUAAUAACAGACCACCUAAGUAAUCCCUCCAUUUUCCAGUACAUAUUGUAAAAGCAUAUCAUACACAAACCUUCACUCAGACUGGCAUAGUUGCUGACAGCGCUCUGGGAUAACACGGGUUCGUGCAAGUUUGUGCCAGUGGCUCCAGUCCAGUAGUUCAGUGCCUAUAUAUGUGAGAUAGUGCCUCUACUAUGACUCCUAAUAAAAUAUUUGACCAUUGCUGUCCAAUACUGUUUUACUGUGUGCCUCUGUUUUGCCUCAUUUCUUCCCCCUAAUUUCAGCUGAACGUGACAGCAGUCUUGUCGCGUGCCCCGGACCAUGAAUACGUCUGGCCAGCACGCAAAAUGUGACAAAUGGAUUGUGCUCAAAUGUCACAAUCAUUCAUUAUAGAUGAAGUAGAAGCCACCAGAACAUCUUCAAAAGGUUGCCAUGAGCUCUUGUAAAAGAGGCGCAAAUGAUUUGCUGGCCUUGUUGCCUUGCUUGUUAUUGCUUCGAUUUAUGACUUCACAUUCAACAGCCUGGCAGUUGAGGCUCAUAUUAUAGGACAGACGAUUUGGUUUACUGUGUGUAGAAGUAUUUUUAUACUGCCAGGUUUUGUUUUUGUUUUUACACCGACCUUUAAUCCAGUUUGUUCAUUUCAUUAAAUUCAGUACCGAGUACAGUACAAAGUGUGCUGAAAUUGUGUGCUUGUCUGUUAGACUCUUACUUGCUCUGGAUCAGGGUCUGACCUUUUAGGAAUAUUAGCCCUGCCUAGGUAAACUAGACCAGCUAUUACAUUUUGAUCAUCCUUUUUGUUUUGUUUUUGUUUUUUUCUCACAUCAUUAGACAGUUAUAAGUUGAACUAAUAGGAUUUAUAGAUGGUGUCAAUCAUGGGGAAUAAACUAUGGGCUCCUUAACAUUCUGUCUUUAUUCUGAUAUUGUGUGUGAGAAAGAUAGAGAGAAAAUGGUAUUUUUGUAUCUGCUACCCUGGCAACUAGCCUUGACAUUUUGAAAAUUUUCAUAUUCUGAACAGAAUAUGCUGUCAUGGGUUUUGCCUUUACUGAUUUCUCAUUUAUGCCAUGUCAGAUCUGACUUUAUAGUGAUGAGUAACAGGGUAGAGAAUCGAGGUAAACCUACACAUUUAAGCAUACCGUAUAAUGCUACAUCGUUCUAUUGAUGGUUACACAUAAUGAUCACUGACUGGUUUCAUAAAAUAUGUUGUAGGUUACAAUUUUCAGUCAUCACUUGGAUAUCUAUUCCGUGUCACUUCCAUAUCAAAUUGCAUGUGGGUAUUACAUAUUACGUUUAACAGAGAUCAUCAAGGAGAACACACCAACCCAAACCUAGCAACCAAUAACAUGCUGUGCCACAAUGGAUCCUAUGAAGUACUGACAUCUAGGGCCAUUUUCAAAUAUUGCACCAUGGGAAAAAAUAAUCAAGAUAUAUUUAUGCAACAGGACUGAUAAUAGACAUUAAAUUUGCUGCAAAAUCACAAAACAUUAUUGAAUUCGAAAGCCUAUAUUUAUGUCACUGACCUUGGCUGCAGU